AUGGAGAUCAGGUGGUUCAAGGAUACUAAAUGCAUCUUCCUGUAUAAGAAUGACUGUGUCUUAGAGGGCAAAGGCACAGAGCACAGAGUGAGUGUGGACAUCCAGCAGCUGAGGAGAGGAGACGUGUCUUUAAUACUGAGAGAGGUACGGGACACAGAUGAGGGAGUGUACACCUGCCAGGUCAUUCAUGGAGAAGAGAUGAAGGAAGUAAGACUACGCUUGUUUUAUGAGAGAACUGAAAAGACUCGAAAAGGUCCUCAGGUGGCCAUUAGCUCUUUUGUAAGAGAUACGACUACUAUGGAGAGGGCCGAAAUGAACAACUCUGUUCGAACUAUGUCCGAGUGUGGAUCAGAGAAUACAGGUUGGGAUCCUCCUCCUGUCAGAAGAUACUAUUCAGAACCUGCCCAGAUCAGCAGAAGAGAUGGUAUGGAUUUCUUUCCUGGAUUUCUUUCCAUGGGUGGAGAGAGUCCUGGUCCAGCCCCCCCAGUGUCUCCUGCUGUGUCUGAGCUGAGGCUGGUGCUGCUGGGGGGGAGUGCAGCUGGGAAGAGGGCAGCAGGAAACACCAUCCUGGGCACACACACACACACACACACACAUCCACAGAGACCCAGCACAGUGAGAGCAGACAUGGGGAGGUGGCUGGGAGACGGGUGAC